AUGGAGGCGGCGGGCAGUGGGCUGCUGCGCACCACCUCAGGAAAGUACCACGCGCCCGCGAUAGCUCUAAGAGCGACCAAUCAAGAACGGCAAUGUCUCUUCGAGGGGGACACGGCGACGGUGGAGGCGCUGCUGGCGGAGGGCGCCAGCGCCACGGCUCCCAACCGGCGGCGCGAGAAGCCGCUGGAGGCGGCGGCGGCGGGCGGCCACGCGGCGUGGGACGGGCGAGCAGGUGCGCUGCGGGCGCUGCUGGCCGCCGGCGCCGACGCUAAUGUCGCCGACCCCCUCGGCUGGACGCCGCUCCACCGCGCCGCCUACCAGGGUCACGUGGCGUGCGUGUCGGCGCUGCUGGAGGCGGGCGCGGCGGUGGACCGCUGCAGCCCCAAGGGCGAGACGCCGCUGCACGCCGCCGCCAGCUGGGGCCGCGCGGACUGCCUGGAGGCACUGCUGCGCGCGGGCGCCGACGCCAGUGCGCGCAACCGACAGGGUGCCACUGCCCUGCACCUCGCUGUGCUGAGUGGCCAGGAGGAUGCCAUCCGUGUGCUGCUUCAGGUGGGUGGUGGUGAACAUUCGCAUGAUGUUGACAUGGACUGUGAAGGCCGCAGUGACGCUGAGGGAGACAGUGACAGUGAGGUCGACUGUGAAGUCGUGUACCCUUUCAUUAUGGAGUCACCACUUUCAGUGUAAAGAUACAUUCUCAGACCCAAAUGAAAAUCUUGACCCUGUCAUUUUUGGAGUACUUUUGAUAUAAAAGUUGGGCAAAAAUAUAAAUUCAAAUAAUUUAAUUUAUAUUUAAAUUAUGUUAAGUAACAUUGUUAGUGAAGGUCCUACUAUGACUAACAGGUGCCUACUACUGCGUAGGGUAGACACACAGAUAUCUAUUUAGCAUGGCAAAAGCAGAAGACUUUUGUAACACUAAUUUCACUUGUAGAUAAUAGUCAUCUGCAUGAAUGUGGAUGUCUGUUUGUAGAUCUUUGUAAUUUGAAGAUCUAAAUUUUGAUAGGAAUGAGUGGAUUUAAUGUGACUUCUAAAAUUGAUUAAUUCAUUCUACAGUAGGUUAACGACAUGUCACAAUAUUUAAUUUGCAAAACUACUCAUAAAAUCAUUUCUUAACUCAUAUUAUUCAGAAAUUAUUUGAGGCUUCUAGGGCUAAAAGAGUUUAUGGGUUAUGUGAAAAACAAAGGACUUAAAAUUAGUCAUAGUAAUGUUUUGUAACAUUACUUAACCACAAGUUCAGACAGGCCAGCAGUGUCAUGAAAUGAUUCUUGACACUAUACAUGAUUUAGCAGAGUUUCUUCUGCAGUGAUAUUGGAUUGUCUCCACAGAAUUCUCAUGUAGUUAGACGCAUGUGCAGUGAAAAUGAAAGAACUAAUUUAAGCAUAUUUUAGUAUUACAAGGAAUGUAACUAUGAGGAAUAAGGACAGAAGGGCAUGAUCCGGCAUGAUGUGUUUCUAUAUGGCUUUCCUUGAUUUGACUUACAUUGACUGUCAUCUUGAUCCUUGUCCAACUUUUGCCUGGUGAGGAGACAUUAUCUACUGAUGAACAUUUUUGUUCAUUCACUGCUCUGCGCCUUUCAAUAGGAAACUAUUAGAAUUGAACACAUCAAUUUGUUGCUCAAUUUUUUCAAUUAAUAAUCAUGCAAAGUCAUAUAAGGAGAAUUCAGGAGCAUUUACAAGUAGUUAAGAGUGAAUCUUUUCUUGUUUAACCAAAUGUACAUGGCUACUGAUGGAUCUGUUCUUAUCAACUCUCCAAUUUAAACCAAAGAAUGUUGCAUUAAUCUUGUGGAUAUGCACUUCAUUACCUCUAGGACUGAACUAUGAAUCUGUUGUACUAUUUGUAUGCGGAAGAUAUGAAAUGUAUGAUAUAUAAAUAAGUAAUGAAAAGAUGUUUGUUGAAGAGAUGGUAGAUGUUAAGUCAAUCAUAUUUUACUUUUUAAAUUAAUGGAAAUUAAGAGUGAAUAUGCCAGGAAUAUUUGUGUGAAUAAUUGAAGGAUGGCAUGAAUUAGAAAAAAAUGAAGGAAAAAUGUUAUGUAGUAGGAAUUUGUAUACAAAAUGCACAUCAUAUUUUUCAGAGAAAAACUCUCUCUGCUAAAUUUCUCUGGCAAAUGUAAGAUCAUAAUAAUGCAGAGCUAUUGGCCUCAUUUACUGUGUUAUUUCAAAAAAAGAAAAGAAUGUUACAUGUGUGUGUUGGUGGAAGGUGUAUUUUUGUAGAUAUUACAUUAGGAGCUAAUUCAGCUUUUGUAUUAUGGAUCACUUUUGUAUUAUGGAACUCUAUGGAAAACUCGUAUAGAGACGUGUGUAAUUGAUCCAGAAGUACUUUACAAUAUUUGUUAGAGGCAAAAUUACAAUUACUAUCAUGUUGUUUUAAAGAUUUUAUAGAUAUAAAGAGUGUCUUUUCAGUAUAGGCUAAAAAUUAUUUUCAAAACAGAAUUUCAGUAAAACUUUUAACAGAUAGAAACUUUGAUUUCUUUGCAGGAACUAAGAAAGAGUGCAAGUUUUUGUUUUCGAGUAGGUUGAUGUAUUUUAUUUUGCUUGAUAUGAUACUUUCCUUUUCUGAACUUGUGUAAUGUUUUCAAGAUUUUAUUCUGUAAAAUAUUGUCAAGAAGUUUGUGUACUUUAUGUGUUUGUAAACUACUUGAAAUAAGUUCAUGUGUAAUAUAUAAAUGUAUUUUAUGUGCAUUUAAGACUUACAUAGUCUACAGCUUAUUGAAAAUUUGCUGUUGAAACUGAUACCUGAAAAAUAUAAAUAGUAUUACAUCUCCUAUUGAUUGUUGGGAUUAGAAUAUAAAUGUUUUUUUUUUCAAAAACCCCAUAAGCGCCAAUCUGUAAAUUUUUCAGGAAGUAUGAAAAACUGAAUAGCUUCCAAACUAUUGUGUUGUCAGUUUACAAAACAUGUGUAUUAAAAUAUGUGGUUUUCUGAACACCUUGAUCUUCCAAUAACAAUGAAAUUUAGUUGUAUAUAUUUAAUAAAAAUAAAAGAAUUUAGUGCACUUGUGGGAUUUUUGCAAUACACAGAUUUUUUCUUUAUUUAUUGUUAAAUCAUAUACAGAAAGCAGAGCUUAUAAUUAGCUUUUGGGGGGAAUCAUAAAUUAUCUACUCAAGGAGUUUAAAACGUAGGUUUAUUUAGGAAAAUAGAUGAAAAGUACAAGAAAUAGUAGUUCUUAAAUUGAGAUGCUGUGAAUUAAUCUGGCUGAAUCUCAAGUGUUUUUUCUUGGUCUGUUGGUGGCCACUCAAACAGAAU